CUUUCUUUCACUUUUCUCUCUUUUUUAAAGUCACUUGUAGCACCACUCAUUACUAUUGCUACUGCUAUUACCUCUCUCUACCUCUUUUUCUUUACCCUAGUCAUAUACUCGUGAAUAUAUAUACACCUUCACUUCACUUUGCCCGGCCAUGUCCACUCUUGGCUGCGAUUCAGUGCAACAACAACAACAACAGCCAACACAUAUUCCACAAGCCGUUCUCAAAGUUCAGUUUAAACGAUUGGUGUCGCAACACAAUGCCAAAGGCGUCAUUUUCACACGAGACUUGUUGACCCUUAUUGACGAAUACGAACAACAGCAGGACGUUACAUUGUUGACCUUGGACCAAAAGACAGCUAUACAACCGUACACGUCUGCGAAUCCAGACUUGGAGAUGAGCGCCGAUGAUAUUCUUAAUUUACUCAAAUUGGUCUUUCCUACACCAACACCGUCAAAAAGUAGUAGUAGUAGCUUUUCAGUGACAACAACAACAGCAGUUCGGCCGAGAACGUCACCCCCAUUAUCGACGGGUCCUCGAAGACUUUCUUUAGAUCCCAUGCUGGUAGUAGAGGGCAAAGAAAAGAGUUGUGAGAAAGCUACAACAGAGCCAAUAGACGAGGAUGAUACAGACGCAGUAGUGGCUGAACCUCUGGAGACAAUGGCAACAUUGACAGCAUUAGCAGCAACAGUAACAACAACAAUGGGAAGCAAUAUAACUCAACCCACAAAAUUGUCGGAUGUUGCUGUGGACGAAGAAGAUGAUGAAGAGCAGACAUCCACUCCCAAUGUGGCUCAAUACUAUCGCCGUUCGAUCGAAUUGACAAGAAGGUUGAAGCUGUCGGAACGUAGUCUGGCGUCAAUGACACGUGACAAUGAGGACCGCAUUGUACAACUACAGAACCGGGUGGAUGAUAUGAAUCAAGAAGUCGUCAAGCAAAAGCGGGAAAUUCUCGAGUAUAAAAGUAAAGAAAUGAACAGUCUUGAACAAAUCACUGCACUAGAAGCACAUAUUGCACACAUUGAACGAUCAGAGACGGAUCAAAAACAAGUGUACCUGUCGAUACGCAAACUAUUCGAUGAAAAGUGCGAGGAGACACAGGAUCUACAAGAAAUGUUACGGCACAAAGAGCUUGCGUUACAGAAAACCGAAGCGUUUCUGAGCACCAUCCACCAUGAGUUCCAACAGUUGAAUGAAGAGCGAAACAAGUUGAUGGCAUUGCAGAAUAACCUGGAACGUGAACUGGCCACCUCGCAUUAUACGCAUAUGCAGCUGGCGGAACAACGGUCGGAGAACGAACGGUUAAAGGAGAUCAUUGAUGGUCUGAAAUGUGAUUUGGAAGCUCGAAGCGAGUUGUCGUCGUCCUCGUCCUCGUCCUUGGUUGUUGUACCUUCGGAUUCGGAAACACACAGUCUCAUUAAUACAUUGCGUGCAGAACUCGAAAACCAUGCCGAAUUUAAAGAGGACAACAGCAACACGAAUAACAAUACCCAUGUGGAUGAUACUGAAGAACGCAUAAAAUCAGUUGAGAACGAAAAAGACUAUUAUAAAUCCCAAGCAGAUGCUGCUAUGCAAGAUCUAGAUCGAGUGAAACGAGAAUUCAAGAAUGCAUUGGACCAAGAAAAAGAACUAUUGGUCAACCAGCUUGCACAUAUGGGGAUGGAAAUACCAGAUCGACGCGACGACAUUGAUAAUUUGCGAAUUGUCAACCAUGGCGAUGUGGACGUCAACAACACGGUCGAACCAUUUGCUAUCCAAGUCAUUACCAAUGCUGCAAAACAACGACAACAACAACUACCACGACGAUCAUUUACAGAUACCACGAUUGAUAUGAUGAAUACCACCACGACGACGACACCAACAACAACAACAACGACGGAUAUCUGGGAUCAGUCUCGGAUUCGACAACGGAAACUGGAUAAAUGGAAGAAACGCGGUGGCGUACAAGAUCUAAACGCGUCAACAGCAUACGCGGUAAAUAACCAUAUAGCAUCACUCGUCGGAUCAGCAGAAGGCAGCAGCAGUAGCCAUAGUAGUAGUAAUAAUAGCAGCAGGACCAUGACGACGCGAUCGAAUGACCGAGCCGUCACCAACACAGCAACGUUCGCCAUUUAUACCCUCCUUGUCUAUAUCUUUGGAAUCGUCACCUCGACGUUCUUAUUGGAUGGCCAGCCUGGUAGCUGGGAGCAGGCACUGGUUGCCGCCGCCACUCAGCAAGGAGGAUCCCGAAGUAAGAUCCUAGAGAUCCUCAUCUACUGGAUUGAAAAGCUUCUUUUCGAAGGCGAUGGUGUUCCUCUCUCAUAAUGUUUUGUUUUCUACUUAAUCCUUUUACUAAGAAAAAUAACACCGUGCAUUUUUUUUUUCUUUCGAUAUUCUAGCAUUCUUUCUUUCUCAUUCUCCUCCACCUCUUUUUACUAUUACUACUACUACUACUACUACUAUUAUCGUUAUCCACUUUUAUAUACACACACAUGCGCACUCACUCACUCACUCACUCACUCACCC